AUUACAUGGACCAAAUAAGUCCAUGUGUAUUAAUUCGAAUGUUCUAGAUGUUGUUAUGUCUGGUUUAGGUUUAAAGCUCUUUUUCUUAUGUUUGCCAGCAGCACAAGCAUUACAGAAGAAUUCGGCUUUAUCUUUAAGCUUGGGAAGACCUCUAGCUAAGUUAAGCUUUGAUAGACUGGACAACUUUGCUAUACUGAUGUGACCAAGUCUUUUGUGCCACAACAGUUCAGAUGAUAGGGAAGAAGCUUGUAGGCAUUUAGCAUUAAACAUGCUUGAGUCAGCUAGAUCCACAACAUACAUGUUAUUAACUCUUUUGCCUAUUAAUAUGAUCUUGUUUUCAGUAAUUUGUUCUACUAAGCAUAUAUCAUUUUCGAAAAUAACUCGAUUAUCAUUACUACAUAGUUGGCUUAUUGAAAGGAGGUUGUGUUUUAACCCAUCCACUAGAAAAUUUUUUUUCAUUAUAGGUAAAGGGCUAUUCCCAAUGCAUCCAGACCCAACUAUUUCACCUUGACUGUCAUCCCCAAAGGUAACCUUUCCACCACGUUUCAUAGUUAAAGUGUUAAAAAGAUAUUUCUUACCUGACAUGUGGUGUGAACAACCACUGUCCAAAUACCAUUUUGAAUCAUCAUAGGAAUGCAGAUUUUUACCUGAUCCAUGGAGAGGUUCUGAUUCAUUUUGUUUAUUGAAUGCCAUGAAGGCUUCUUCAUCUUCUUGAAUUUCUUCUUCUUCUGAUUCAUAAUCACUCCAAGUGGUGGCCUUCAUUGCUCUCUCUUUAGCUUUUAGAGUGAGUGGACAGUUGGCUCUGAUAUGUCCAGGCUUCCCACAUUUGUAGCAGUCUUGAGUUUCUCUAUCUUGAUUACCUGUCUCAAAAGAUCUGGUCUGCGGAGUUCGCAGCCUAUUUUGCGAACAUUUUUUGACUUUGUCAAAGUGGUUAGAACGAUUAAACGAACUCCUAUCAUUACCCUUAUGCUUUUUCUCUUGCUUAUAUUUCAGCAUUCUAUGAAAUUUAUUACUAACAAGAGCAAAUUCCCGAUCAAAAUCUUCUCCUAGCUCAGAGUCAGAAUCAUAUUCAUUCACUUGAGACUUAAAGGCUAGUGAUUUCUUACGUUUCUCAUCUUCUUUAUUGACUUGUUUAAGUACAUGUUCAUGGCUUAGAAGAGAUCCAACUAAUUCAUCUAUAGGUAGAGUAUUCAAAUCCCUAGCUUCCUCUAUGGCAGUUCGCUUAGGUAUCCAUUCUUUAGGGAGGGAUCUUAAAAUUUUUCUAUUUAGGUCUUUGGUGAGAUAGAUCUUCCCUAAACCUUUCAGUUUGUUAAUCAAAAUGGUAAAUCAAGAGUACAUAUCAUUAAUUCCCUCACCUGGAGCCAUGUCGAAGCAUUCAUAUUCGUGAACCAGAAGAUCGAUUCUGGUUUCCUUGAUGUUCGAUGAGCCUUCAUAGGUAUUUUCCAGUGAGCUCCAGAUAGAUUGAGCUGAGUCACAGUGCUCCACUUUAUCUGCCUCGUCGGGUGUCAUAGCCGUUUGCAGGAUGUGCAUCGCACGCUGAUUCAGCUGGGCGCUCUUCUUUUAUGCAGCCGACCAGAAGUUCUGUUGUUCUGCCUCCAUUUCGAGAGGGCCAUCGCGUACGACUGACCAUAGCUCUUCAUCUACCCCCCAAAGGAAGGUCUUCAUUCGCUUUUUCCAAGCGGUGUAGUUUGCUCCCGUGAAGAUUGGCGGAUGGUUGUAAGAGGCAUGCCCGAAGUUUGCGGAAGCCAUUACUCUGAAUCUUCCCUUGGCAGCAACAAGCUUCAAUCAAGUAACCAGGCUCUGAUACCACUUGUAAUCAGAGAAUAAUGCAGAGAAUGGGAAGUUGAAUAGGUCGAAUGGAGGAAAUGAUCGGACAGUUAGGGAUUUUGACUUGAUGGUCAACUUUGGUAACCAAACCAGUUGUAACCAAUCGGUCUGAUCUCCUUACUGCUCAAGUUAAAUGGACAAGGAGUUAAACGAAUGGGCUUUGUUGACUUAAGCCCACAGAUCACUGAUAUUGAUCCAGAGCUUGAUCAAGUCACGGCCCAGACUAAGAGAAGAAGGAACAUAGUCAUCGUCUUCUUCACCAAGCCUAAGCACAGACCAAGCAGAGCACCGAAAACAGAGUAUGAGGGGAGAAGGAAGAAGGCAGCAGAAAGUAAAGUACACAGAGAGUUUUUAACGAGGUUCGCCACAGGGCUACUCCUCGUCCCAGGAUAGUACCACUAUCCUGAGAGACACUUUGAUUUUCUUUUUGAUUGACGCAAGAAAGAAAGGAACCUAACAAAACGAAUUACAGACACAAGUGAGAAAAUCAAAGUGCAAAGGACCUAGACCAGAAUUCGCGCAGGAAUUCUCAACACCCUUUGAUCAAGCUGAACCUCUACCCCAGCUUGAAUCAAAGCCACUGAAUCCCAAACCCAACCCUCUGCUUUUUCUCAAAGGAAUCCCUGUUUGCUUCAGUACCGAGCUUCUUCCCUUCAGCUUCUUUAAAUAGCUCUAACCCGUAGCCGUUGGAGAUUGAGGUUGGACCAGAAAGGAUAAGUGGAAUCAGCUUGUGAUUGAUAUCUCGAUUGAUUGAUUUGCUCCCCCUUGAUCCAUGAUCUGGCAAUCUCCUAACUUGAUUCUGACUUGAAUCUUGCCAAUUCAACACGUACUACAAAGUGUCGACUAAUCCUCCCAUACUCGGUCCAAUAAAUUCUCGAGUUUGACCUCUGUUUCCCUAUUUGCUCCAACUUAUAGCACAUACUCCCAAAAUUUUCUCUUCCUUCGUCUUUACUCCAAACUUGGGCCUAUCAAACAUACCAUGGUUCUCAAGUUCACCGUAAUCCUUGCCCUCAGAGCUACUAGUUAAAGAUGCAGGUGUCGUUGUAGUUAUCUCUUGGUUUAUCCAACUGAUGGGUGUUCUUCAGCCGGGGAUACUUCACCUGAAAAAAGAUGUCGUUGUUGCCCGGGGGACAUUGACGAAAGUCAUUGAUGAGAGAUGGCACCACGAUGUCAAAUUGUCAACGACGAAAUGAGAUUUGUUGAAAAGAGAAACUUUAACGGUGAUGGCUGAGUCACAACUUUAGGUUAUUGUACGAUUUCAUCAAGUAAUAUCAUAGUACGUACCUGGAGACGUCGUGGGCAAAAAUAUGGUUGAUUGUUGAAGCAAGGGGUGAAAAUUGGGGUGAAUGUGGUUACCCGCCCCACAUUACAACCCGCACCGCAGUGGUUAGUGUGUAACCAUCACCCACUGUGGGUUUGUGCGGGUUGGAUGUGGUUACCCAUAAAAAUCCAUUUUUGCAAGCAUAGAGUUCUAGUCACCACUAACGUAUUUGUUGUUCGUAACUAGACUAUAGUGAUAUACACUUGUGUUGUUCGUGGAGAUACAAUUUUGUACAUCGAUCUUACUCAACGUGGAGAUUUUUUCUUUUUGAGUUUGGUAUUCAACUUUUGUGUCAGAGAGCUGUGAUUUCAUAUUUCCCCGACUAGGGGUGAAAUAUGACAAUUAAAUAUGAUCUUGUAUUUUUUUCACACAAAAGCAAAAACAUACUGAUAAAAGUUACAAAAGAUUUUCACUUUUAAUGAAUUGAUUAUUCUCCACUCUAUCGAUUAUAGUAUUUUAUAAACUAAAAAUUCUUACAUAAAACUGAUUAGGUCUGUCUUUUUUAUUUGGUGGCUACUUUAAUUUUUAUCCUCACACUUUUCACAUACUAUUAUAUUAUAAAGUUAAUUCACUAAAUAAAUAUAUAUAAAAAGUGUGGUUAUUGUGGGUUAACCGCGGUGGGUAGUGGAUAACCACUAACCACAGAAAUUGUUAUUUUACUACCCACACGCAACCCGCUACCCACAACUUGUGGGUAUGGUUACCCACAAUAGGUGCGGGUUGGUGCGUUUGCGGAUUAUCCACAACCUGCAACACAAACUUCCACGAAGCUCCAUGUUUGUCGUCGAUAAGGGCACCCGCAAGUCCCAUAAUAUAUUGUUCUGGUGCAAGCAAUAUGAUUGGCUGUAGUCUUGACUUUAACUUUGAUCUCCUCUGACUUGACAAUCUCGUUAAAGGUGAUGAAGUGGUCCUCUUCUGGAUCAUCGUGGCCCAGUUGAGUGACAAAGAAAGACCUGUUGAGUCA